AUGAAUAGUCUCAUAGAGAAGAUGCAGUCGCCAGACCAGGACUUUCGAUUCAUGGGCCUGAAUGACUUGAUGACAGAGAUCAAGCAGGAUCCGGCUUCUUUUCAAGGCGAUGAAGCUGUGGAGUACAAGGUCUUGAACAUGGUACUGGCAUUGGUUGAGGAUAAGAUUUCCGAAGUUAAGAACCAGGCAGUCAAAUGUCUUGGCCAAUUAAUUAAAAUACUGCGGCAAAGUCAUAUGGAGGUGGUCGUGGACAGGCUCAUCGAUUUCUCGGGCGGGAAGGACGAGGAGCUACGAGAUAUCUCAGGACUAGCACUCAAAACAAUCACCUCCGAGUUACCACCCGAUGGGAAAAUAGCAGCAUCAGCUUGCGCCAAACUGACUCCACGAUUGUUGGGACAAAUCCAGAACGCAAGCACACCUCCUGAAGCCUUGGUCGAAACCCUCGCGAUUCUGUCGAUCCUCAUUAGCAGGUUCCCAAACCAUGUAUCCGGAAUCUCGUAUACGCCCCCUCCUCUUGCCGUCUUGGCGCCACUUCUAUCCCAUGCACGACCUGUCGUUCGGAAACGCGCGAUUGUGACUCUUUCGCAAUUCAUCCCGAUCUCGCCACCAGCUCUAUUUGCAGACAUGUUGCAGGCCAACGUUUUGCCUAAUCUUACCCCAUCUGCCAGUUUGGACAAGCGAAGGACGACUGUGCAACUCGUCGCUGCUGUGGCACGGAACUCUCCCUCCCAGAUUGCUCCAGCGUUAACUAACAUUGUCCCGGCUAUCUUGCAAUCCGUGGAAAAAGAUGACGACGAGUUGCGCGAAGGUUCUCUUCAGGCCCUGGAAGCGCUAGUCUUUCGGUGUCCUACGGAAAGUGACCCCUAUCUGCCCAUGAUCAUCGAGGUCGGGAACAAAUACAUCAGACAUGACCCGAACUAUGCAGGCGACGAUGACGAAGACGAAGAAAUGGCAGACCCUGACGAUGAUGGAGAUGAUGACGACGAUGCAGGCGACGAGUACUCCGAUGACGAAGAUACGUCCUACAAGAUCCGUCGCUCAGCCACGAAACUGCUCGCAGCCGUCAUUGGGACACGACCGGAUCGUCUGACGAAGACCUACAAAGAUGUUUCGCCUGUCUUAAUUUCGCGCUUCGGCGACCGCGAAGAAACCGUUCGUCUGGAGAUUUGGGCGACCUAUGUGGUCCUCUUGAACCAAACUACCCUCUACGGUGGUCUUCAUGAUGGCAAAGACGAAGCAUCGCCCCGUGGCAAGAGGAAACGCGACACUGAGGAGCCUAUGGAUGUCGAGGAGACGCCGUACACGCUCCUAAAGUCUCAAGUACCCAACCUAUCCAAAGCUCUACUGAAUCAGCUGAAGUCAUCGAAGACCCCUCCGGCUGUUCUGCAAGCCGGUUUCAGUUUGUUGCACGCCUUGUUGACUGUCCUUCCAGGAUCAUUAUCUACCCAGGUCGCCUUGAUUGUGUCUACUUCCAAGUCCGUCUUGUCGCAAGCACCCACCACUUCCACUUCAGCAUUGCAUCUCACUUGCCUUUCCUUCCUGGGCCUCUUCUUCUCAACGCAUACCACUUCUACCUUCUCUAGCUCAUUGCCCACUCUCACUCCGGUCUUGCUGAAAUCACUCAACGAGCGGCACCCCAGGAUUGCCUCUGAGACGUUCCGCGUCUUUUCUGCUCUUCUUAAUGCACUGAAACCUCUGAAAUCUAAUGACUGGACUGUUGCAUUGUACGACCAGACCCUCAGUCGACUUGGCUACCAUGACACAGAUGCGGAAGUUAGGGCUUAUGCGGAGGACUGCGCAGCUGAUAUUUGGAUCUGUGCCACCGAGGUUGCAAGCACGCGAGACAGGAAGGAGUGGGAGUACAUCUGUCGCACGACGGGCAAGACGGAUGGUGCUGUGAAGGUCAUCACCAAGGUCGCAAGGGAGGUGAAAGUCGGAGAUGAUUGGGUCAACGGAUGUGUGGCAUGGCUCAUGGGCCUGUUGAAGAAGAGUGGAAGGUUAGGAAAAGUGGAGGUAUUUACCGCGUUGGACGUACUGCUGAAGAGCUAUCAAUCCGGAAUUCCGGCCGACCUGCCAUCAUCCCUCAUCCCUCAAGUGAAGACGUACAUCUCGACUGCCGACAUUUCCCUACUUUCUCAGGCUCUUUCCACUCUCGCCCUCCUGCUAGAGCUUUCUCCAGCAGCGACCUUCCCUGAAGUCGAACACGAUCUCCUCAACGACAUUUACACAGUCACACACUCGCCUCUCGUCGCUGGAGUCGCGCUAGAAUCGCUUUUCCGGUUCUACUCCGCCCUUAUCCAGGCGGAUAAUCAGAUCGCGACCCAUGUCGUGCCUAAUCUCGUCAUCGCAGCGGAGAAGGCCCCGAAGGCAGAUGCGAGCGCCGCGAAUGUUGCAAAAUGCAUUGCGGUGGUUGUCAAGAACCAGCUUGGUGUUGCCGCUGGCACUAUUGCAGAGUACUCCAAACACCUCAAGAAGGGUACGAAAGCGAAACCUUCUUUGGUCAUCCUCAGUCUUAUCAUCAUCGGCGAGCUUGGGCGCUUCAUUGAUAUGGUGCCACAGCGUGACAUCUUUAACCUGGUUGUGGAACACUUUGGCUCAGAGCAAGAGGAGAUGCGUGCAGCGGCCGCUUUUGCCGCUGGUAACAUCGCCAUCGGAAAUCUUCACCAAUUCUUGCCUGCCAUCGUCAAGAUGGUCGAGAGUGAUCCUAAGAAGCGGUUGUUGGCCUUGCAUGCCUCAAAAGAGGUUGUCACCCACUGUUCACAAGCGCAAUUGGAGAGUGUUGCCGACCUUCUGUGGGGCCCGUUGUUCGAGAAUUCGCAGAACGCAGAGGAGACGACUAGGAAUGUCGCUGCUGCCUGCCUUGGCAAGUUGGCCACCACUCAUCCUUCAAAAUAUCUUCCUCAAUUACACGCCCGUAUCAAGGACGAAAACCCUGAUACUCGUGCAACAGUCGUGUCCGCAAUCCGUUAUACGUUCGCAGAUACGUCUCAGUCGUACGAUGAACUCCUUUCUCCUUUGCUCGUCGACUUCUUGUCGCUCAUGGUCGAUGAGAACUUGAGCGUCCGCAGAUUGGCCUUGUCAUCAUUAAACUCAGCUGCUCGAACGAAGCCCCAUCUCGUCAGAGAUCACCUCGUUUCGCUGCUACCCAACCUAUACAAGGAGACGAUCAUCGAUCCGGCUUUGAUCAGGACCGUGCAAAUGGGUCCUUGGACCCACAAGGUCGAUGAUGGUCUCGAGACCAGGAAGACGGCAUACGAGACGAUGUAUACACUGCUCGAUACCUGUCUCGCAAAGCUGAACCUCCACGAAUUCCUGGGCCGCGUCAUUCCAGGCCUCGCAGAUGACUCGGACGAGAUCAAGGUCAUCUGCCACAUGAUGCUCUUCCGCCUCUCGCAAGUCGCCCCAGCAGCUGUUGCCCAGAGCUUGGACGAGGCCACUCCUCAACUCGAGAAGACGAUGAAAGGUGCGACGGUCACAAAGGACACUGUCAAGCAAGACCUCGAGCGUGCAGCUGAGCUUCAGCGAAGCGCCCUGCGUGCGGUGGCGGCCCUCAGCAAAAUCAGCUCGGGUGUCAGCCCCAAGUUCGACUUGUUCGUUGAGGACGUCAAGAAAACUCCAGCAUGGGCAGCUGAGUUCAAGGAACUUGUUGGGCAAUGA